AUGGCCGCGGUUGUUGGAGGUCAGUCUUCUCAGCCGCGGGCCAUCUCCGCAGGAGUCCCUCAGGCACAGUGCUGCAGCUGGGGCCUAACCAAGGAACACAGCUCAGACACCAGCUCCGUGAAGUUCCAGUGUGUGCUGCCUGUAGUGAAAGGGAGCGAAGUGAAGCCCGUUGGGAUGGAAACGGAGCCCAGUACAGAGUGCGAUCCCGCAGAGCUGCUGCUGCGGCCCCCCCAUGAGCCCAAGGAGCAGCUGCAGAGUGAGGAGAGCCUGCGAGAGGCCGACCGGAAAGAGAAUGUGGUGCCAAAAGCCUUCAAGAGGAAGAUCUCAGUGGUUUCAGCCAGUAAGUGUAGCCCCCAGGGCAGCGUGGAAAGUGAGGCUGGGAUCCCAGCCCGAAAGAGACGAUGGGGAUCCAGUACAGUGGCUACGCAGAAAAAAACCUUCCAUCAGCAUCACCACCGAAUCCCUAAAGAGUCUGAUCCCAGACAUUAAGCCUCCGGCCGGCCCGGGGCCUGGUCAGGGUCAGGAGGCUGUGGUAGACCUACACGCAGACGAUAGCCGUCUGUCUGAGGACGAGACUGAGAGGCUGGAGGAGGAGGACCCACAUGACAAGGGCCUGAAGAUCCGUAGGACCGUCAC